AUUCCACGGGGUACUCUUCUCGCAGGUGCUCCGGGAACUGGGAAGUCCCUUUUGGCUCGUGCAAUUGCGGGUGAAUCAAAUGUCCCCUUCAUCCAGUGUUCAACGGCAAACUUCGUUGAAAUGUUCGUAGGUGUUGGAGCAAAACGCGCACGCGAACUUUUCCAAGUGGCACGAGAAAAUCAACCAUGCAUCAUAUUUAUAGAUGAGAUUGAUGCGGUUGGUAAGCAGCGUGGAGGUGGAGGUUUCCCAAGUAACGACGAAAGAGAGCAAACCAUAAACCAACUU